GCUUCCCGCCGCCGCUGCCCCGCCUCAAGCCGCCGGGAAGGCGGGGUCAGCUCGCCCGAGGGCCCCGAAAAAGAGCGGAUGCGGCGGCAGGCGCUUCCUUUCCUCCGCGCUCGGCCCUCCGACCGGCCAUGGCUCCCGCCGGCGACCGCGCCGGCUACUGGGGCCCGCCGACGUCCACCUUGGACUGGUGUGAGGAGAACUACGUCGUGUCCUCCUACAUCGCCGAGUUCUGGAACACCGUCAGCAACUUGAUUUUCAUUCUCCCUCCCAUCUACGGCGCAAUUCAGAGUUACAAAGAUGGCCUUGAGAAACGCUACAUAAUAGCUUACUUGUGUGUCACAGCUGUGGGCCUGGGAUCCUGGUGUUUCCACAUGACUCUGAAGUAUGAAAUGCAGCUAUUGGACGAGUUGCCCAUGAUCUACAGUUGUUGCGUUUUUGUCUACUGCUUGUAUGAAUGCUUCAAGUACAAGAAAACAAUCAACUACCCUCUUCUCUUUCUACUACUAGCCUACAGCAUUGGCGUCAGCAUAGUGUACCUAAACUGGAAACAGCCUGUGUUCCAUCAGGUUAUGUAUGGGACAUUGGUGGCUGUUAUAGUCUUACGCUCCGUGUAUAUAGUGUUAUGGGUUUAUCCGUGGCUCCGAGGGUUGGGAUAUACCUCCCUGGCUGUUUUUUUGCUAGGCUUCCUCCUUUGGAACGUAGACAACAUCUUCUGCGAGAAAUUGCGGGGGUUACGUGAGAGGCUGCCUCCGCUCGUGGGCGUGGUCACGCAGUUUCAUGCUUGGUGGCACAUCUUCACGGGACUCGGUUCCUACCUUCACAUCCUGUUCAGUUUAUAUUCCCGGACACUUUACCUGAAAUACAGGCCAAAGGUCAAGUUCCUCUUCGGGAUUUGGCCCGUUCUCUUAGUAGAAUCACCGAAGAAGCCCUAAGAAGCGACCGGUCGAAGAAGUCCCAGGCAGCGUCUUCGGAGCCCUUCGACUGCCCCGUGGGAAGCUCUUGGCGCUACAAAAAUUUUUUUCCUUCUUUCCUUUCUCGGCUCCUGGAACGACGAAGCCAUCCCAACAGUUCAAGCAUCCUCACAUCUACCAACCCCUCGAUGGGAGUUUUUCCUCGUCCUCCUUGCAUUGUUAAAGCCAUACCACCAUAUUUGGGUUUCUGAAGGCCUUCUCUAGGGUGGCAAUGCCUGGGCCCAAGCAGUGGCUGCGCUGUUUUCCCCACUCCUGAGGUUUUUAUUUGACUGCUGGGAUGUCCACUCCGUGGUCGGAACCCAAGGUUUAUGUCUGGAUCACCAAACAAUCUCCAAUCUGUCUAUGUUCCAAGUCAGAGAUCUGCCAACCUUGGCAACUUUAAGACGAUGGGGACUUCAACUCCCAGAGUCCCUCAUUCCUGACGGAAUUCUGGGAGUUGAAGUCCUCAAGUUGCCCAAGAUGGAGAUCCUUGUUCUAAGAGACUGGGUAUUCGUUUCCUCCUUACUGUCAUCUUGUAAUAAGUAGAGGGAGGGUCCUUGGUGCUCUUCGAACUCGGUGGUUUUCUUGCAGGCGUUUCCUGACCCAACUAGGUAACCUCAUGAGUG